UUAAUAUCCGGUUCACGCAAUUGUUUGCUGAUCGUCAAUAAACAGCUAGAGCAUCAUGGCACCCAGAAAGGCUAAAGUUCAGAAGGAGGAAGUGCAGGUCUCGCUCGGACCCCAGGUUCGUGACGGCGAGAACGUUUUCGGCGUUGCACACAUCUAUGCCAGCUUCAACGAUACUUUCGUGCAUGUUACCGAUCUGUCCGGUCGUGAAACCAUCGCACGUGUCACCGGCGGCAUGAAGGUCAAGGCUGAUCGUGAUGAGGCUUCUCCCUACGCCGCCAUGUUGGCUGCUCAGGAUGUUGCUGAGAGGUGCAAGGUGCUCGGCAUUACGGCUCUGCACAUCAAGUUGCGUGCCACUGGUGGCAACAAGACCAAGACACCCGGACCCGGUGCCCAAUCUGCUCUGCGCGCUUUGGCUCGUUCAUCGAUGAAAAUCGGUCGCAUCGAGGAUGUGACCCCUAUUCCAUCCGAUUCCACACGCAGGAAGGGCGGUCGUCGUGGUCGCCGUCUGUAAAUACCAACAGCAGCAGCAGCGACGCGCAUCAAUUGCAUUUUUUUCAUCUGUCUGUAUAUUGUUUGUAAUAAAUAACGGAACAACACACAAGACGUAAAUGCGCUGAUUACAUACGUUAAAUUAAAACAA